UUGCGCGUCGCGGCGCUUCAGCCACGCAGUGCGUGGAUUCAGCCGCUUUGGGCGUGCCCGUUGCAUGCCGGGAAACGCAGUUCGCGAGCCUCGGGUACGUCGACGAUAGAUGACGGGACUCACGUUCUACGUUCACAUCAGGUCCCUGCACGCUUGAGCCUGGGCGGUCCACGAUAGCGAGUUUGCCACGCUGCGACAGCUCAUAGGCUUGUCCCCCGGGCAUUCUGGUGGACUACGAACGCAAACUGAAGCUCUACGACUUGUCGCCCGUUUGCGCUCUCGCCGAGGCACAGGCUGCUCGCAGACCACCCUGCUCCGAAAACUAAGAGGUAGGUGGUAGCCCACUCAUCUGGUUACUGAUACUGGCCGGCAUCAGCUGACUGUCGGCAGGUCCUUGGGCAACUGGUGUCUGAAAUGGGACGGACGUCGAAGGACAAGCGGGAUGUCUACUACCGCCUGGCUAAGGAGAAUGGCUGGCGUGCUCGCAGCGCCUUCAAACUGCUACAACUGGAUAAGGAAUUCCAACUCUUCCAAGGCGUGACACGGGCAGUUGACCUGUGUGCAGCCCCGGGCAGCUGGAGCCAGGUGCUGAGUCAGAAGAUUGGGGGCCAAGGGUCCGGCCACGUGGUGGCUGUGGACCUGCAGGCUAUGGCUCCACUACCAGGUGUGGUACAGAUCCAGGGGGACAUCACCCAGCUGUCCACUGCCAAGGAGAUCAUCCAGCACUUUAAGGGCUGCCCUGCGGACCUAGUGGUGUGUGACGGGGCUCCUGAUGUAACCGGCCUCCAUGAUGUUGAUGAGUAUAUGCAGGCCCAGCUUCUCCUAGCUGCUCUGAACAUUGCUACACAUGUCCUGAAGCCAGGGGGCUGCUUUGUGGCCAAGAUAUUCCGAGGCCGGGAUGUGACGCUCCUCUACAGCCAGCUGCGGGUCUUCUUCUCCAGCGUGCUGUGUGCCAAGCCCAGGAGCAGCCGGAACUCCAGCAUCGCAGAGGCCUUUGCUGUCUGUCAGGGCUAUGACCCUCCCGAGGGCUUCAUCCCGGACCUGAGCAAACCCCUGCUGGACCAUUCUUACGACCCAGAUUUCAACCAGCUGGAUGGUCCCACCCGCAUCAUUGUGCCUUUUGUGACUUGUGGGGACCUGAGCUCCUAUGAUUCGGACCGCAGUUACCCACUGGACCUAGAGGGCGGCUCAGAGUACAAGUACACUCCACCCACACAGCCCCCCAUCUCGCCACCAUACCAGGAGGCCUGCACCUUGAAGAAGAAGGGGCAGCUGGCCAAGGAGAUCCGCCCCCAGGACUGCCCCAUCAGCAGAGUAGACACGUUUCCCCAGCCCCUGGUCACCCCUCAGCGCCACAGCCUGCUGGCCCCUGAGAUGGAAGACAAUGAAAUGAGUUGUUCACCUUAACCCGUUACGCUGGCAAGCUGAUACAACUCAGAAACUGCUCAGUAUCAGAAAAACCAGAACUUGUUGAUGAACUUGUUUUCAAAAUAUCAUCUCAUCAACGAGGCCUGGACAAACAAGCCCUGAGGAGGGAUCUGCAACAACCCUGAAGACAACAAGGAAAGAAAGCAUAGAAGUCUGUCCGCACUGCAGU